AGAGAGAGAGAGCUUUUUCCGACAUCAGUUUGAGACGCUUUUGUAAGACAGAUAAAAAAAAAACAGAUCUGAAGGUUAAGAGAGAUUAUUGGAAUCUUCGCCCGCCAGAGGAGAGCUGCUCAAUUCGAUUGCUGUUGUUAAGGUAUGUCAUCUAGAAAUCUGAAGAUGAGGAGAAGAAGAGAGCUUCCGUUUGAAUUAGUGGUGGAAAUACUCACUAGGGUUCCUGUUAAGGAUUUAAUGCGGUUUAGAUGUGUCUGCAAAAGUUGGCGAUCUUUGUUCAAAGAAGAGAGGUUUUGUAGACAGCACAUGACCCAUGCCCCAACGAGGAUCGUGUCCUUCCAUUUUGAGGAUACUCUACUACUUGGUCGAUUUUCUGAAAGUGCCAAGCCUGAGAUGAUACUCGAAGAGGUUAACAUAAACGUUGGAGAUGACAGUAGGUUGCUUAACGAUGCUACUGUAGUACUUGGUCACUGCCAUGGACUCUUUUGCUUAUAUUUUGAAAAUAACACUUUCGGUCUUUGGAACCCUUCAUUGAGAGAAUUAAGAACAAUACACCCACCUUAUCGCUACAACUGGUAUGAGAUGGGUUUUGGCUAUGACCACUCAAGUCAAGAUUAUAAGAUUGUGUUGGUUCUAAAAAUGCAAGGCAGACGCAGCCGCUCCUCUCAAGCACUUGUGUUAUCCUUAAAGUCAGGUGCGUCUCGGAUGAUUGAUUGCCUGUGUUUGGAAAACUUUGACAUGAUCCACGAUACAAUUUCUGGAACCCUGGUUGGUGAAAUUAUCUUCUGGCAGCUAUGUGAUGAUAAUGUAAAAGUAACUGAUAAGCUUUUGAGCUUUGAUUUGGUGUCUGAGACAUUCAACUUGUGCCCAUGUCCGAGUAAUUGUGGUAAAGGACUUCCUCAGGUUAUAGCGGGAUUGAGAGGAGGUGGUCUAUGUACAGUAGGGGUUGACGACAUGUCUGGUGGUUUAAUCGUUUGGUCUGCCCAACAUGAUGCUGGUGGUGGUAUCAAAUCCUGGAGCAAGAUUUGCAAUCUCUCGCUUGGCAUUCUUGAAAUCUCAACUAGUUGUCGUAUCGAUGAUAAGAUCUGGCUAUCCUCUGCGGUAACUUAUGCAGGAUUGCUAUUAGCUCUUGUAAAAUUUGGGAGAGAAUCAAAAUUGCUUUCCUACAACUUAGAGGAGAAAAGCUUGACAAAUGUUGAGACUAGUUUGUCCCUCUCUACCUGUGAGUUUCUUGAGACGUAUGUUGAAACGCUUGUCCCCGUCCCUAUUCCUGAAUGGAAGCUUUAAAGGUUAUUCAGCCUCCUUUUACGUGGUUUUGUUUUUAUCUAUCUGCAGCAAGCAAGACACAUCUCAUCAUUUGUUUGUUUGUUUUAGUUUUCUACUUCAUUCGCUAAUUUAGUUUCUGGAAUUUUGUAUUUUUAUUUAUGAAAAACGAUUGAAUGUUGAAAUGCUUGCUUGUUGAAGCAGAAUCCUGAUUGAAGCUAAAUAGAAUGUUUAGCUACUGUUAAAGGUUGAUCGAUUGAUUAUAGUUUUUGGCAUGGAAAGUGUUUUCUCUAAAGUACCUGAUCUGAAUCGGUGGUUC